AUGACACCCUUCCUCCAACUUCCCAAGAGAGAGGCGUUCAUCCAGCUCUCGCUCAGCAAGCACACCCAUCCAACCGACACAUCUCACCUUCAAGAGGGUUUCCUCAUUGGACGGUCCUACGUUCCUGUAAAGAAACAAGGAGAGCUGCAAUUAAUUCAUACACCGCGCGAGCGGGAGGAAACAUGGGAGGAUCUGCCGUUGAUUCGAACACCAUGUAAACGGGAGGAAAUCCGGAAUGAUCACCGCCGGAGAAGAGAGGGCGCAGUAGUGGAUGGUGAGAGACGGCGAUGGGGGCGAGGAGGGAGCGGGAGGGGAAUCAAGAGAAUUGUGCCCUUGUCUCAUGCACCACCACUUCCUGCCCCUAUUGCUGAGAAUAAAUCAGUACCUGCUACGACUGCGAGACCACCGUCCAGUCAACCUCCACCGCCCCAACCGCACGCACCUGACGCUCACCCAGAGAAACUAGAGCAACCACACCCACCCCGUCCCCGCACACCUUUGGUCAUCCACCUUACACCACCAGCUCACCCACCAGCCCCAGUCCCCGUCCCGCCCUCCAAACCGCCAUCCGUGCCACCACACCUUCACUACAACCUCCGCGCCAUUCGCUCCAAAGCCCUUUCAAUGCACCCCGUAUCCUAG